UGGGCGCCGAGUCGACCCAAGCAUCGCUCCCCGCCCGGGCGCCCGUGCCCCGGCCGGCAUUGCGGCACCGAACCUUCGAGCCAUGGACGACAACCCGGGCGGCGCCUCCCCCGACACCUACGGCGGCGGCGGAAGUAUCCACCUCGUGUGCUCGGGCUGCGAAAUCGGCGACGACUACACCGCCGACGACGCGGAGGAUGGUUUCUUUACGUGCCGCAUGUGCUCGGCCGUCCACACCACCCAGGCAACCAUCGCCGACCCCAACGACUUCCAAGCCACCGGCAACAUCUCCGUCCGCCGCCUCGCCACCCAGCCCGCCCACAAGCUCGGCAUCCCCACUCCCUCCGCCUAUCCGAGGACCCCUCACGCCACGCCAGGCCCCCGCCACGCGCCCGCCGCCUCCGCCGCGGCGUUCGACGACUUCGUGAAACAGAGCGAGCCGCGGGACUUCGCGCCCGUCGCCGGGGCGUGGAGGGAGCCCGAGGAUUUGGCGGCGCGGGUGCGCUGGCGCUACGUGAGGGGGCUCCAGGUCAUCCUGCAGCAGCAGCUGGAGGUGCUGGUGGAGCGGCACCGGGUCGGCGCGCUUGUGUGUGGCGUUGCCGGCACCGUCUGGGUGCGGUGGGUCGCUGCAUCCAAGGUGUUCGACGAUAUGUGGGCGCGCCAGGUGAUCGCGGAACACGAUGCUGCGGGGAGAGAGAAGCGUUCUGGCGGUGGAGAUAAUAAUAAUAAACCUGACGAGGUGAAGUCUGAAUGGGAGGAUGAUAUCUUUCCACGACAAAAAGACAGGCGAAGGGUUGAGUUUGCCAUUCUGCACUCACUGAGGAUGUUGCUGCCCGUUUACUCAACACUAGCAGUCUGUUUCCUGGCCUGUCAUAUUGCCCGUGAAGCCAUCCUACCUACUGACAUUUACAAGUGGGCAAUGGAAGGGAAGAUCCCUUAUCUGGCAGUGUUUACUAAAGUAGACAGGCUUCUUGGGAGCUUGCAGCAACUGCAAGACUGCCCUUUGGAUGCAGGGCAGCUGUUCAGGCCGGUGCGAGUUAUUGGAGCAUGGCAACUGGAAGCUUCGGCUGGAUCCAUAGCACAAAGAGUAGGCUUGAGGCUUCCUUCAGUUAACUUCUAUGCAAUUGCUCAACGUUGCUUGAAGGACUUGUCUCUGCCUGUAGAUAAAAUCCUUCCUCAAGCAUGCCGAAUUUAUGAGUGGGCAACGCCUGCAGAACUAUGGUUGUCCAGUAAUCCUGCUAGAGUCCCUACACGGGUUUAUGUGAUGGCUAUACUAGUAGUGACUCUACGAGUUCUGUAUAACAUCAACGGUCAAGGGAUAUGGGAGAAGAUUUGUGAGGAAGGAAGAAACGCAGGUGGAUCUGAUACUGAUGCAAAUGCACCGACUUUCAAGAAACUUGAUGACAGUAACAGCGAGGAGUUUGGCAUGAGAGAACUAUUAUGUGCUAUUGCAGAUGCCUAUGAAAAAAUCAAUGUUUCACAUGACUACUUGAGUGACCUCCAAUCUUAUCUCAAAUACUGCAAGGAAGUUAUUUUUACUGGGAUUACAGUUUCAACGGAAAAGGAGCAUCUAAUAGAGAUCUUUUCAGAUAUGUACAAAGCCAGAGAGGAUGACAAUCCAAAAGAGCAUGUAAAAUCCCAGUCUCAAGGUACUGAAGAAACUACAAUUACAAAAGGAGUGAACAAGCGCUACCGAGAUGGAACAUUUGUUGAAGCAAGUUGUACUUCCUCAUCUUCAGGUCAUGACCCAAUGCAAAUCCUCGUGUCAGAGAUGCAAGAUCAUGGAUUUCAUUAUAUGCCACCUAGGAAACCGAGGAAAUCAGAUGGUUAUCUUCGUUAUAGGAGGAGGAGACUAAGUGGUGGCUUUAUGUAUGUUGCGCAUGCUGAUUACUACAUGUUGGUGCGUGCGUUUGCAAAGCUUGCAGAAAUUGAUGUUCGUAUCAUGCAUAUCAGUGUGUUAAAACUUGAGAGGGGUCUCGCAUGUAUUGAGGAUCGAAUUGAAAGAAGCUUGAACACCUUGCAGAACCUUUCUAGCAGAACGAGAGAUGAGCUAAGGUCCGUAUCAGACUGAAGUUUUUAAUGGAGUGUCAUACACUGCCAACGUAUUAAGUUUUUACAUUUUCUUUUGAAAAGCAGAAUUUCCCAAGCACUACUGCUUUUUAUAUAAAAACAUUUAGUAUCAUGCA